AUGCCUCUAGGUCGCCCGCGACGCCCCGGUACGGACGCAGAGCGUGCUGCCGCGCGACGUCAACAAGUCAGAGAGAAUGUGAGAGCCUUUCGUCAGAGAAACCGAGAACGAGCACAGUUAGACAAUCAACCAGAAAGCUCCGAUAGUGAAGCCCUUUCUCGCCAAAGUUCCGUUGCGAGGUCUGAAGCUGGCUCAUCAUCCCAAGUAGUGGCUUCUUCGUCUGAGGCCCUCAGUACUUCAUUCCGGAGACUCAGUACCUCGUCACAAGCUGCUGGGUUGGGAUCGACAGCCUCAACAAUACCAACUUCUUCCGUGGAACGAAACAUCUCCGUCACAAGCGAAACUAUUGGACGAACGAUCAAAUGGUCUCUUGGACUGCCGUUCAGGAUAGACUUAGGUCCUGCUUACUCUGGUGCCUUCAUCGCGGCGUUUCAAUACCGCAGUCUACCUGCACCUACGCUCACGGUGGAAAGUGAUUCCAUCGAAACAGAAUCUCUCAUGACGUUGUCUACAGAGCCGCAAGACACCAUUACGGAUAUAGCACCAACUGAGCAGCAACCUACAGAUGAAGCCUCAAAUGAGCUUACUCGAGUUGAAAUUUGCUACCAUACAUGGACAACGUCAGUCUCUUUCGAAGCCAUGUCACCUGGAUCUGAGAUGUUGCGAGAAGCGUUGCUGUCAGCUGCCUUGAACCUUAUUAGCAUAGAGAGGAAUGAUAGAGCAAUGGCUAUGCAAGCUGUUCAAAUUCAAGCGACAGCAUUGCGGAAACUUAGGGAUGGCUUUGAUGACUAUCUGGAGAACAAAGAUCCAGCGAAAGCCACUCUGCUAUCAGCAACGGCUUUAGCUUGCUCAAUGUCCGAACUUCUCGUCAACAAAUCUUGGGAUGGGUUUUCUCUACACCUCAAGGGAGUUGGUGCAUUGAUUGAGCACGCAGGUCCGGACGCUCUCGAUGAUCAGAUAGCACGAGAUCAUUUUUAUGGGUACCGAGCUGUUCAGUUUCCGUUCUCGUUCCUACACCGAAGAGGGUCCUUCCUCGCUCGAGAAGAAUGGAUUAACCUCGAAUGGAGAGGUGGUGACUUGGGCAAUUGUCCUAUACAUACCUUGCUGGAUAUUGGACUUCAAGUACCUUCUGAGAUGGAGCACUACGACAAGAAUCCCAAUCGAAGACCAGGCGCAUUGAGAAGGCAACUGAAGAAACUGAACGAUCUCGCUUCGGAGCUGAAUCAAUGGAAGGUAGAUGUGUUCUCCAGGUACACUUCUGCAAUGUAUACAGCAGAACCAGCAAGUUGGACAGGGCUUCAUAGCGAGGCCAUACACUUCACCAACGACAUCGUCGCCUCUUCCUUCACAGUUUAUACCGGUAUACGAGUUGCCCUUUUUUCUCUCGUCCGGCAACUUGCCGAGGAUCUGAAGGCGGAAGAUGAAUCAGCGAUACCAGUCUUGACAUACUCCAUCGAGGAAUCCUUCAAAUGGUCACGAAUAGCUUGUCAAUGUACAGAAUACUUCUUCGCAAGAGAACCAAACGUCGCAGGCAAAGUCCUUUGCCUCUUUCCUUUCGAUACCGCUUGGAGCACCUUUGUAGAAUUGGGCGAAAAUUACGAUCGAGAUAUGACGAAUGAAUUACGAUGGUGUCAGGGUGCAGCUGAACGAAUAGAAGCCACGGGCCUACCGGUUUUCAAGGUACGGAGUAGGAUUUGA